UUGAGUCGGGUAAUCGUCUUCUAGGGUUUUACCAGCACAUGACCAACUUCCAAGAAGCUCCAUACUCAUCAAUGUAGACUAAAAGGGUCAGCCUUAAUCUCUCUCUUAUGCUUCGUUUUAUGUUUCUUGGUAUUAUAUACUGGAAAUGUUAUGGAUAUGGUUCUCCAUUCAAAGAAUUGCUUCAUACAGAAUCCUAAAAAUGAAAUCUUUAGCUUCAUUUCGAAGUCUAUCCUCACAAGUUCAAUAUUUUGCUGAUGACCCACAAGUUUCUUUUUCCUCUAGACAUUACCAUAAGUUUCCUGAAAAUUCAAGAAUCAUCCUUACUCCUACAAUUGUACAUAAAACUAUAUCAAAUUGUUGUUCUGAUGUUCUUGCUUUUUCAUUUUUCUUGUGGUGUGCAAAGCAACCCAAUUACUUUCAUGAUAGGGUCACAUUGACCCACAUGGUUAGUAUUGUGUCUAGGUUGACCCAAAGGUUUAGAACAGUGAAAGGGAUUGUUAAAGAAUUGGAGGAGGUUGGUUGUGUAAUAAAGCCACAAACUUUGUUGUUUUUGCUGAGAAUUUAUUGGUUUGGUGGAAUGUCUGAUAGGGUAUUCGAGGCAUUUGAGGAAAUACUUAGAUAUGGUUAUACUCCUAAUACUUUUUCUAGGAACAUUGUAAUGGAUGUAUUGUUUAAAAUUGAGCGUGUCGAAGUGGCACUUAGAGUUCUGAAAGAAAACCAGGUUCCAAAUUUUUUGUCAUAUAGCAUUGCUGUUUGUAACUUGUGUAAACUCAAUGAUUUGGUUAAUCUUCAGGAUGUACUUACGAUUAUGUUGAGAAAAAGGUAUUAUCCUAAUGAGGAGACAUUUUUUGUGAUUUUGAAUUGUUAUUGUAAAGUAGGUUGUAUAGCAGAGGCAAAACAGAUAUUGGGUGUGAUGAUAGUUUUGGGUGUUCCUAUAUGCGAGAGAGUUUGGAGUAUAUUAAUAAAUGUUCACUGUAAAGCUGGGAACAUGGAUGCUGCGAGUCAUUUGCUUAAGAAGAUGGUAGAGAGUGGGUAUUCACCAAAUGUUGUAACUUGCACAUCGUUGAUCAAGGGAUUUCUUGAGUCCCGGAUGCCAAGCGAGGCACUUGGGAUCUUGGAUACCAUGGAAUCAAAAGGAUGCUUCCCUGAUUUGGUUCUUUGUAACGUGUUAAUAGACUGCCUCUCUAAAAUGGGGAGGUAUGAAGAUGCAAUUAAUGCUUUCUUCCUUUUGCGGGAGCAAAGACUAAUACCCGAUUCUUAUACUCUUUGUUCUUUGAUUACAACUGUUUGUCUCUCUAAGCAAUUCGUCGAACUACCUCUGCUCAUAACUGGCUUCAAGAUCCAACCUGAUUUAGUUGCUUGUAACUCUUUCCUUAGCUAUUUCUGCAAAGCUGGUUAUCCUGCUGGUGCUAUUGAAUUUUACAAUGACAUGAUAGAUAGAGGUUUCGUAGCAGAUAAGUAUACCUUUGCCGGAUUAUUGACUGGAUUAUGCAGGUCAGGUAGGAUAGCAGAGGCAGUUAAGGUGUACCGUGGACUUGUUAGAAGUCACGUUGGGCUUGAUUCUCAUAUAAUUACUGUGAUGAUAAAUGGGCUGAUAAAAUCUGGUAAAUUUCACAAAGCUAUUAGCUUAAUCAAGAAAGCCGCUUCAGAGAAGUCCCAACUAGAUGAUGUUUCUUACAGUAUUGCCAUUAGUGGACUUCUUACUGGUGGUGAAGUUGGAGAAGCUUAUGCCUUGUUUCGCCAAAUGAAGGAGGUUGGUCUAUCCCCAAGUAAACAGACCUAUAAUCUGAUUCUCUCAGGUUUCUGUAAAAGAAGUGAUGUUAGCAUGGUUAAAGAGAUCCUACUUGAAAUGGUUGAUGCUAGUGUUGAAGUUGACCCUCUUAGUCUGAGGUUUAUGAAAAAUCUCCUGUAUAGAUCCAGCCAUUCUGCUUCACUCUUUACUCUAUUGACUGAUGUUUCAACUUCCGAAAUCCUUCCAAGGGAAGCAUAUGCGGAAUUUAUGAAUGAGCUAGUUGAAGUCCAUCAGGUAAACAUCAGAAAUGUGCACAUGGACAGGUUUAAUAAUGUUGAUUUUGGCACAUCCAGCUCAGAUGAAAUCCAGGAGGUGGCUGUUUCAGUCAGUUGAGAUGAUUUGACUUGACAGCUUAUUCUGUCUAUAGCAAAGUGCUGUACUUGAGUUCAUCAAGAAUCUGAUCUUACUCUCUCUCGGAAAACCUAAGAUGAUCAUAUGAUCUAAGAAUGAAUUGAUUCCCUAAAGGUACCAUCCGAAACUCCAUCUAAAUGAUAAAACAUUUUCAAAUUGGCUGCUCUUCUAUCAGGUUACUGGUUUUGGCCAUUUGUUCUGUAAAAGUAAACAAUUGCAAUUCUUACAAAAAUAAGAUUAUCUCAAGUUUUGGGGAUUGCUCUUCUACUUUUUGUAAGAUGAGUAUCCUAUGCUUGUUGAUCUGAGAUAAAAUAGGUUGCUGAACUCCUUUGAGCUGGCUAUCUCCCUUAAUGUGCAUACAUAAGAUUUACUUUGGUUGUCAUAGAGAUCCAUAAAUAAAGAAGGCUUUAAAGCAGUGGUGUACAAAGGAUUCUUCAUAAGUGCUGUCGAUAUCUUUUCCGAUGGAGAGGUCCCUUGGGCUAAGGUGCAUCCGCCCUUGCUUUAAAUGGAACUUACAAGCCAAGAUCAAGAACUUUUUGUCAAUAGAGACUCUUGGAAUUUUGAAUUCACGACACUAAACUAGCAGCCUGUUUGGAUUGGCUUGUUUUAGGUGCUUUUAAGCCAAAAUAGCUUUUAAGCACUUUUGUAAUGUUUGGUAAAAUAAAAAAAAUGCUUUUGAGCACUUGUUUUUAAGCUAAAAUAACAAAAAUAAGCCAAAAGCCAUAAGUUAGAAUUCCUAACUUAUGGCUUUUGGCUUAUAGGUCAAAAGCCAUAAGCCCAUCCAAGCGGGCUCUAGGUUGUCUCACUGAUGUUGUUGAUUGUCUUGCCGAUAGAUUACCUAUGAGAAAGUUCUUUACUCAUAGGUGUUGAUAGCAGGAUGACAUCAUUUAGCUUAGAAGUUUGUCAAGACUUUGGAGUAGGUGUUUUUCGCUCUUUGGGCUGUAUACGACACUGAAAAAGGUCAAUACAUGGAAAUUUGAAACUCCAUUGACCAAAUAAACCUCUUUUUAGAAAAUCUUUCUUGCUAUGCGUUGGUGUUAAAAGGUUAAUUUCUGGUGAUUGAGUCAUGUAUUUUCUGAUAUCAUGAAGUAAUUCUCCAAUUUAGGAGUCUCCAUCUGACUGUCUGUUAAGUGAUUUCAACUCUAAGAUUUACCGUUGACAUGAGUUGCACUGAUAGAUAUCUGGUGAAAGCACUGGUGAUGUAAAUAUCCUUACUUUUUUUUUUCUUCUGCAAGCUGGAUUUAGAUCACCAGGCUGAUGCUUCUUUUGUCUUCCUGGUUAAUGCAUGAAAUAAUAGACUAUAUUUUGGAGCUAUAGAUGCUCUCUGGCUCUAGCAUAGGAAUGCCAUCUUUCCUUUAAUGUGUGUAGGAGGAGGAUAUCGAGCCACCGAAGAGUUGCCUGAACUGAUAAUACCGCAAAAGGAUUCACGAAAUGUGGUUGGUACGCUAAAUGCUGAGUGAUGCUAUAAUCCCUUGCUUGUGUUAUUUGUCAAAAAUGGUGUUGAAAAAGAUUUCAUGAACCCUGGGCUCGGCGGAUUGUUCUUGUUGCUCCUACAGCUGGAGAUUAUGAGCAAGAUGGAGCAAUACACUCUGGAAGAUGAUGUUUGUUGCUCCCCAUGAAAGCUGGGAAGUAUGUGGAGGUACUGGCUUAUCCAACCGUAAGUGUACCAGAUAUAUAACACAUCGUAUCUUGUUACGCCAAUCUCCCUAGUAUAAUCCUCACGUGAUUAAUCAUCAUUUGAACUCUGUGGAAAAUUCUGUGAAUUAAGCAUGUAAGAGCUUGAACACGUCGGGAAUAGUGAUAUUGUAUGGCCGUGGCAGAUGUUAUGGUAAAACAGAGUGCAAUGCUUCAGUUGUACUGCUACACAAAGCUAUUUCGUCCCAGUAUAACCUGCAGAGAAGACGUUUACACCUAUGCAACCGAUGCUAUCUGUGUGAAAAAGGAAUUGAGGAUGUAAAUCAUCGUCUUCUUCAUUGUCCAGUGUCAUUACAAUUGUGGAAUAUGCUUUCGUGUCGUUGGUGGUCCGUUUGGAGAUAAAGGAAUCAAAGGUGCUUUGAAGGUGAAUGGGAGCCAGUUGCUAGAAUCAAGUAUAAUGUAUUUUGUCCUUAGCAUCUUGGUGUAAGAUGGAAGAUAUCUUUUGUUAGACAUGAUGCUAGAGUUUAUCAAUUUCCAGCAGUGCUAAUUAAACUUUGGUUAUGUAAUAGCUAUAAUGUAACUUCUACAGAACUUUUGUGCAGUCCACAGUGAAAUAAAAUUAAACUAACUUAUCAAUAAA